AUGCAGAAUACAGAGGAUCGGAAUUGUACCGAGGCAGAAGAAAGAAAGCUCCGAAAGAAAAUUCAGAACAGAUUAAACCAAAGAGCACGCCGAAAUCGCCUCCAAGAGGAAAAUUACCAACAUGAUAUUCUCGGGAAGGACGCCUACCAAGUCCGCCGCUGGAGGAUUGACUCCAACGAGCCAUGGCAGACCCACAGGAGAGAAGUAACCGAUGAAGCCUAUCACCACCAUCUCAUUCCAUCAUCAAACGAAAAUGAGCCAAGGACGUCCACCUCAGAUUCAGACUCAGACUUUGGUCCACAGUCUCCGUCAGCACCGGUAUCGGCCCCAAUAGUGAUCCCGUCGGUAUCGGUCCAAUACUACGACCCCAACACCGAUCCAUCCACCGACCAACUCCUACAUCUAAUACAAUAUAAUGCUUUCCGCGGCUUUUACAAAAACAAGAUUCUCCUAGGUCGCACAGCUCUAUCACUACGUCCAGGUCGAAAGCCUGAGCGUUUCGAUGAAGCGUUCCCUACAUUCUCGGUCGUGGUACCCAGAGCUCCAGAUGUCGCUGUUCCAGGAAAUCUUACGCCAACGCAGUCUCAGAUGAGUCUUCCUCAUUCUACAUGGAUCAACAGUCUUCCAUUCCCAGCUAUGCGGGAUAAUCUUAUCAAGUGGGAAAGGUCAUUUAAUCAUGCGGAGUUCGCCAUUGAUGUUAUGGGUUAUAUUAUGGAUUCGAUCUUGUUUCCACAGCCUGAGGGUUCGUCUGUGACUGGUUUAACAGUUGGAAACCAAGGUGCUUUUGAGGAACUGGAGGAUGAUGAUGAGGUUACUGCUAACCGGACUGGCCUUAUUGUUUGGGGAGAGCCGGAGCGGAUGGAUAGCUGGGAGGCUACGCCGGGGUUUUUGAGGAAGUAUGCGUGGGCUAUGCCGGGAUAUGCUCUUGAGCUUCUAAAUUAA